CCUGUAGUUGCCUUCAUUUUGAGAGCUUUUUACAAUUUUAAAAAAGACUUAUUACAAAAGUCUUCUCGAGCCACCAAGUGACAAUGGCAGCAGUGACUGGCAGCGUAGUGAGCGUCCAGAGCGCGGCACAGUUCGACGAGGCGACUGCGCGCGAGUCGACGCUGUCCGUGAGCUUCUUCUGGGCCGAAUUCCACGAGGCCUGUCGCCCCAAUGGGCAGCUGGACGUGGUGGUGCGUCAACUGGCGACGCUGCACCCGCGCAUCCGCUUCCUCAAGGUGGCGGCCGAGGAGCUUCCCGAACUCUCGGAGCGUUUCCAAAUCGCCGUAGUGCCCACCUUCGUCAUCGCCCAGGGCCGUGCCGUGCUGGACAAACUCGAGGGCGCCAAUGUGGCCGAACUAGCCAAGCGCGUGGACGUGCUAAGCAAGAGCGUGGCCAAGAGCAGCUCCACGUCCACGUCCACGGCCGAAGAAGCCCCCAAACCGCUUGAUGACGCGCUCCAAUACCGCCUCAAGAAGCUCAUCAGCGCGUCACCGGUCAUGCUCUUCAUGAAGGGCAACCCCACGGAGCCCAAGUGCGGCUUUAGUCGCCAGAUGGUGGCUCUCUUGAACGAGGAAAAGAUCCAAUUCGGCACCUUUGACAUCCUGAAUGACGACGAAGUGCGCCAAGGACUCAAGCAGUUCUCCAACUGGCCUACUUACCCGCAACUUUACGUGAACGGCUCGCUAAUUGGCGGUCUGGACAUCGUCAAGGAGAUGAAGUCCGAGGGAUCCAUCGUCGAGCAACUGGGACUCACUAAGAACGUCGAAGAGGCUGAAGCUGCCUUCCAAGAGAGUCUCCGUGCACUCGUCAACUCAGCUCCUGUACUACUCUUCAUGAAGGGCACACCGUCGGAGCCCAAGUGUGGUUUUAGCAAGAAGACAGUCAAACUCCUACGCGACCACCAGAUCGCCUUCAGUUCGUUCGAUAUCUUGAGUGACGAGCAGGUUCGUCAAGGUCUUAAGAAGUUCUCCAACUGGCCUACAUAUCCACAGCUGUACGUUAAGGGCAAACUCAUUGGUGGACUGGAUAUCCUCAACGAGAUGGCGGAGGAUGGAGACCUCAGUGAGCAGCUUGGAGUGGAGAAGAAGACCAAGAAGGAGAACAAAUACGAGCAACUGAUCAACCGCGCGCGCGUCAUGAUCUUCAUCAAGGGAACGCCCCAGCAGCCGCAGUGUGGAUUCAGCCGCAAGCUUGUGGAUAUCCUGGACGCUGAGGGCUUCAAGUACGACUACUUUGACAUCUUAACGGACGACAGUGUGCGUCAGGGACUCAAGAAGUACUCCAACUGGCCCACGUUCCCGCAGCUUUACGUCAACGGCGAGCUGAUCGGCGGACUGGACAUCGUGCAGCAGCUGCAGGAGGACGGAGAACUCGCCGAGCUCAAGGAGUAGACGACGUGUCCAUCACUUGGAACGAAUACAGGUUACCUCUCUUAUCCUGUAUCUUAUCCUGUAUCUAUGGUGUCUUUGACAGUUUAAGGCAGGGUGAUUAUCCACACCUAAGCGAUGAUCUGCGUGAUAAUGCCAGCCGCCAGGGUUUUGCCGCGAUCGCGCAGUGUGAAGCGUCCCAGCUGGCGGUAGUUUGCGAACUCCUCGAGGCAGAUCUUGCGGUGACACGUGAUUUGCACCACGGCCGAGCGCUCCCGAGUGAUACAACGCGGUUUCUUCUUCUCUACCUCUCCAGUCUUGCUCAGCAUGCUCACCAACCGAGUGAUGUUCACGGGUUCGUCCACAUUGUGCAUGUGGAUCGUCACGUACGUCCCCUUCACCAGCGGCACCUCCACUGCCGGCAUGGUCAUGAUCUUAGCCUCGAACUUCUUUGCGAGCUGCACAGGCGACGCGAUGGAGCACAGAAUGCUGCCAGUACUGUAAAACACAUACAAGUUAACAUCGAGUGGCAUAAAAUACAGGACAAGAUCAAGCUUACGUCAAUGCCGACGGAUCGAUCCCGGUGACUCCCAUCUCGAUGGUGUCUCCAGCGCGAGCAAGUGUACACGACUUGCCGUCUUGCUCCAUUCCUAGUCAUUCAAUUGAUGAGCACUGUAACUAUGUGCGUUAAUCUAAGCUCUAACUGCUCACCUUUUACUGUCAGAGUGAGUCCGAUGGGCAUCAACAGAAACUGCAAAAUAUUUCGGAUAAAUUACAGCGUAAAAAA